AAUUAAAACCCAGCUUGGCGGGACGAGACGAUAAACAAAUGGAAAGUUUAUUUUUUCCUCGGUCACUGCUUACCCUAGCCUAGCAGAAGUAGGAGGAGAGGGGGAGAGAAAUGUUGAGGGGAAGGGAGAGCUUGAUCCGAUUGGUUGGUAAGCGCCGAAGAUUCCUCCCCAAUCGUAAAUCUCUUCUUUCCGAUUCCACUUCCAUUAUCUCUCACUCUCACCCUCCUCAGACGCCUUUGAAUUUGGGAAAAACGGAUGAAAAUGAAGAUGGAAUAAUAAUGUCAAUGGAGAGUGAACAGAAAUCCAAAUCACCGCAGUCUUCAGAUUCGGUAACUUGCCCUGUUUGUUCCUCUAAACUUGCUGCUCAAGACCACAUCAUCAACUCUCAUUUAGAUGCAUGCCUAACUAGAGGAACCAAACGGAAAUUGACGCAGCGCACCCUCUUCCAACUCAACUUCUGCUCACAACCAAUGGUGUGUAGUAGGUCUAGUGAUGUAAAGAAGUUGGGAACAGGAAAUGUACAGGAGGAUGCGGCAGUUGGUUUUGACAACUCUACUGCAGUUGAUGAAAAUGAAGGUAAUUUAGGCACAUUGGUUCCAAUGGGGGAGGCUGUUUUAGGAACUAGCAUGGAUGGUUCACCUAUGAAACAAAAACUGAUUGAUGAUGAUGGGAUCAACAGCCGAGUUGAUUCCUCUUUGUUGAAUUUGAGAAGUGAGUUCACGAAAUGUAUUGAGGCAGUAACUGUGGAUGACAUAUCAGGGGAGACUGCUUUAGGAACUAGUGCUGGUGGUUCGACUAUGAAGCAAAAACUGAUUGAUGAUGAUCGGAUCAAUGGCCAAGUUGAUCCCUCUUUGUUGAAUUUGAGAAGUGAGGUCAUGAAAUCUAUUGAGGCUGUACCUGUGGGUGACAUAUCAGGGGUGUUUCUUGAAACCUUCAUUGUUGGACGUAGAUUUAGUGUUGAAAAGGAAUUAAAUCUUGGUGCAAACAUCUGUCUUUUGAGAGAGACAGAUAAUGCUAAAGAUCCCAAUGCUAUCCAGGUUCUUUUGGCAGAUUCCAGAUGCUGUAAAGUGCUGGGUUAUCUCCCCCGAGAAUUAGCUCAAUAUUUGUCUCCUCUAAUUGAUAAGUACUCACUGACCUUUAAGGGAUGCAUAACAUCUGUUCCAAAACAUUAUCUUGAUGUUGUUCCCAUUCAAAUCGAAUGUUGCGAAGUUAUGUUACAAAACAAUAAAGACCAUACUGAAAUUGAGGACUUCACAUGUUCAUGGAAAAAUGUUCUUCAUGUGGCUGAAUCUGCCAAGAAUUAUCCGCCUAGUAUGACGAAAUAUCAACAAAACUUUUGGGUGUUGAUACAAGAGGUUUUAAAAAGUAAUCCCCAUCUUUUCACCAAUGAUGAAAAAAUGUUUUUAGAAUCAUUUAUUUCUCUAUCAGAUGACAGUCAGAGGCUUUUUGUUCGGCUCUAUACACGUAAAGGACCAUGGUUUCGGAUGUCCAAUAUUUCAUACCCAGAAGUUACUGAUUCUCAGCAGGCUGUCAAGGAUCUUUCUGCAAUGGGUUAUAUGUGCUCCUUUAAAGGAGUGGAUGAACUACAAGAGAAUGACAUGGAAAAGAUUUUGAAUUUACUCACCGUGUCUGAGCUACGUGAAAUUGCAUCCAUGUCCAAGAAUGGUACUCGUGUUACAAGAAAACAGGAUCUUAUUGCAUCUGUUUUUUCAUCCUAUGAAGAUGGAGUAUGCCCAUUCCUACCAAUCGCUAUUUUGGAUAGAACAGGAAUUUGUAUUAAGAUAUCUUCAAAAGCUGAGUCCCUUAUCUGGCGCACUGAGAGACUUUUCUUCCUGAAUGGAGAGCAGGAUCUUUCAGCAUUCCUACUUGUUGAUUUGGGCAUCAUCAAGUAUCCAGCAUACCACUGCAUAAUAUCGGAACAAAUUUUCUCAGCUCGAAGUGACCUUAUAGCUUAUGAAGAGGCAAUUGAAGUGGCACAAAUGAUGGAUGAAUCUCUUGAUGAAAACAAAAGUGAAUCAGUACUUAGAUGCAUAAAGAUAGCUGAGUCUCGUAUGUCUCAUACUAAAGCAAGUCACUCAACAGCCUCUGAAUUAGUGACUGCUUUUUUCUCAUGCUUUUCAGCAUCCUGGGUAUACUCUAAAGUGGUCUUUCUAGGAGUUUCUUUUCUUGAGCGCGAGCGGAGGUACAAGGAUGCAAUUAAUUUGUUGAAGAGGUUGCUUUUUAAUUUCACUUGUGAUGGAAGAAGGGGGAACUGGACACUGAGAUUGUCUAUUGAUUUGGAGCACAUGGGCUGUCCCAAUGAGAGCCUUUUAGUUGCUGAAGAUGGGUUACUGGAUCCAGGGGUACGUGCUGGUUCAAGAAUUGCAUUGCAAAGGCGUGUUCUUCGCCUGGGAAAACCACCAAGGCGCUGGAAAGCUCCUAGUUUCUCAUCGUUUAUCAAGAGGAAGAUCAGAGAGGUUCAUAUUCAAGGAAGACCUUUGAACUGUGAAGCUGGAAUAAAGAGCAGAUUCUAUGGAGAAGAUGGGGCACAAUGUGGAGUUGAGCAGCUUGCUUUACAGUAUUAUGCUGGUGAAGGCGGUGGAUGGCAGGGUGUUCAUACAGAGAGUGGAAUUUGGUUAACAAUUUUUGCACUUCUUAUGUGGGACAUUAUAUUUUCUGAUUUACCAAGUGUCUUCCGCAACAGAUUUCAGACUGCUCCCUUGGAUUUAGAGACUGAUAACUUCUAUCCAGCAAGAAAGAGCCUUAUAGAAUCCCAGUUGCAGAAAAUUUAUGAUGGCACGGCAGAGAUGAUCCUCAUCACAUCAUGGGAAUUGCAUUCAGGAACAGCUUGUAGGGGUGUUAAUUGGGACCGGCAUUCUCUCCCGGAACUUCGAGCCGCUGUUACCUGCGUUGGAGGCCCUUGUUUGGCCUCUCUCUGCCGACACCUUGCUCAAGAUUAUCGGAGCUGGUCCAGUGGAAUGCCAGAUUUGUUGCUGUGGCGCUUCCAUGGAGAGUACAAAGGUGAAGCCAAGCUUGUCGAAGUUAAAGGCCCCAGGGAUUGCCUCUCUGAGCAGCAACGAGCAUGGUUGCUGCUACUAAUGGAUUGUGGGUUCAACACUGAAGUAUGUAAAGUAAGCAUUAUGCCAUUAUCCACGUGAUGACAAGCUGGUGCUCGUAAGACUGUUCAGACAUGCAAGGAUACUUUCAGAAGCUUACAGAAGCCAGUUGAUGGAGUAUCAUACAGAUGGCUUCACUUGCAAUUAUUGUCCACUUCAACGCAUAAAGUUUCCAAGGGAGGGCCUCAAUUCGUCAGAUUCUUUGUUAAAGACGGAGAGAACCCUAAACCAUGCUAUUAAAUUGCCGUUUAGGAAAGCAGCCCAAACAACAUUUUACAAAAAAAAAAUGAAUUUUUUUAUUUAAAAAUAAUUUUUUUAUAAGUUUUUUUGUAUCCUUUUUAUAUGUUAAUAUCAAUCCUUGCUACUAUCGAGAUGCACAUAAUUGUUUGGUGGCAAAAAGGAGACAUAUUUUUGACGUUACAUAAUGUACAUGUUGAUGUAAUAAUGACAUUAGCUAGUAAUGUGAACAUAAUAGCAUCGUGUUUAAACCCGGUUCAGUUCAAGGCUCGGGUUUUGGGUUUU